UAACUUGACCCUGUCUCUCACUCUCUUCUUGCCCUCCCCCCUUUUCCAGAUAAGCUAUAUAAGAUACAAGCAUUUCAUAUCAAGUAUAUUAUUUGAUUAUAAAACUACUCCAUCAAGUCUCUUGCCUGGUCUACAGCGUCUACUUCUUGGUAUACUGACAGCUGUUAUCUAUUCACAGUUUAAUAAAUAUUUUCCAUUGAGUGGAAUAUUAUCAGAAGAGUAUCAGGCAAGGAGCUUGCUGUCUAAGCUUCUCAUAAUGAUAAUAACUGGAAAGCUGGCAUUGUGGCGUUACAUGGCAGUCUGGACCUUUGCU